CUGGGCAAGUUUCAUUUUUGCUGAAUGAUUGCUUUAAAAACAUGGUUAAAAAAUUCAGAAAACAAAAAAGGUGAGCCAAAUUUAAUCAUAUUCCUAAAACAGAUCAGAUCAUACGUUAGACUCCCCUGACCAAACGGAUCAUUUUAUGUGAUAGUAAUACUGAGAGGUCGGCUAGUCAAUAGCAGCUCUUUUUGUCCUCACUGAAGACGCAUAACUAUUAUUACUUGUUGACUUCUCUUUCACUCUGGGCUUCUUUAAUCAUGAAGAAAGAACGAGGGCAUCUUUCAUCUGUAUGACUGCUACUUGCUUCUUCGAUCGACUGUUUCCCUCAGGGAUGUAGUCUUCAUCCUCAGCUCACAUCAGGACAGGACAGGACAGGAGAGUGGCCACCAAAACAGCUCUGAGGCAUGGACUCCACAAGAUCUCUGAAGGCGUGCUGUGGUAUGUGUCAAAGUAACAUCCACAUGAAUGCCAGCACCCAAGGUUUCCCAGUAGAACAUUUCCCAGAGCAUCACACUGCCUUCACUGGCUUGCCUUCUUCCCAUAGUGCAUCCUGGUGCCAUCUCUUCCCCAGGUAAGUGUCACACAUGCACCUGGCCAUCCACAUGAUGUAAAAGAAAAUGUGAUUCAUCAGACCAGGCCACCUUCUUCAUUUUCUCCAUGGUCCGGUUCAGAUGCUUAUGUGCCCAUUGUAGGUGCUUUUGGUGGUGGACAGGGGUCAGCAUGGACACUCUACACAACAGGCUGCAAUGCACCGUGUGUUCUGACACCUUUCUAUCAUAGCCAGCAUUAACUUUUUCAGCAAUUUGUGCUACAAUAGCUCUUCUGUGGAAUUGGACCAGAUGGACGAGCCUUCACUCCCCACGCGCAUCAGUGAGCCUUGGGUUCCCAUGACCCUGUCGCUAGUUCACCGCUUGUCCUUCCUUGGACCACAUUUGGUAGGUACUAACCACUGCAUACCGGGAACACCCCACAAGGCCUGCUGUUUUAAAGAUGCUCUGACCCAGUCGUCUAGCCAUCACAGUUUGGCCCUUGUCAAGAAUCGAAUCGGUGAUCAUGUGAUGAUCACGUGGAAGCCUGAGGUUUAUACUCCUAUUAAUUUAGAGUAGGGGAAGCCUACUGUUUUUAACGGGUGGCAACGAUGUAACAAAGUUGUUUUUUUUUUUCUUUCUUUCCCCAACUAAUAUUCAUCAAUCUGGUGUUUGGGUUAUUAUCUGUGCGGACUUUCACAUGUUGUCUAACUCCCAGGUGAAUUCUUUUUCUUCUUCUUCUUCUUCUUCUUAUUUAUGUCAUUCUAUAAUUUAGGCUAUAUUUUCAUCAUAUUUUACUAUUUUAUUUACACAUCUGUAAAUAAAAUACUAUAAAGUACUAUACUGUUCAGUUAUAUGUUUCCCUACUUUCCCCUAAUUUAGCCCAUAGACGGAGUAAACAUUAACGUUUACGAUGACAAAAUUGGUCAUACACUAAGACUAACAUCACGAAGUAUAAAAGUAUACAUGGGAUAAAGCAGAUGUGUAAAUAAAGUGAUGGUGUAGCAGUAAAUGUGCGUCACGCGCUCCGUGGUAUAAAAGAAUGAGCGCGCGCUGUGAAGCGCAUCGUACAGACGGCACGCGCUCGGGCUGGACACGCGCGCGCGCGGCAGAUUGUUCCGGCGAACAGACGCAGUAAACCGCGCACCAGAUGAACUUCACAUAGCUCCGUUACCACCGCGCGCGCUUCUUGUCGCUUCGCCAUGCCGACAGCGUGAAUGCCAUGGAGAGGAACGACACGGCGCCGAGCGGCGCGUGCAAGAGCGAGCUGGAAUGCCGAGCUGCGCUGGAUAACUGCACUGGCGCUUUGGACGCUAAUCUCUCCGUGCGCUGCUGGCUGCAUCUGCUGACCAAAGAGUAUGACUCGGCUCUGCAGGGCGACCCCUCGAGCCUGGCGUUGCGCGUUAUGAUUGCGCUCGUGUACUCGGUGGUGUGCGCGCUGGGGCUGGUGGGCAACGCGCUGGCACUCUACCUGCUCCACUCGCGCCACCGGCAGAAGCAGAGCUCCAUUGACUUCUUCGUUAUGGGCCUGGCCUUUACUGACCUGCAGUUUGUACUCACACUUCCUUUCUGGGCCGUGGACACAGCGCUGGACUUCCGCUGGCCCUUUGGUCGCGUCAUGUGCAAAAUCGUGAGCUCUGUGACCACCAUGAAUAUGUACGCCAGCGUGUUCUUCCUCACCAGCAUGAGUGUGGCUCGGUACUACUCCAUCACAUCGUCCCUGAAGAUGCAUGGACACCGGUCAGCUGCGAUCAGGGCCAAGUGGGUCAGUGUAAGCAUCUGGGCUGUGUCACUCCUAGCCACACUGCCACAUGCUGUCUACUCCACCAUUGCCCAGGUGGCCCCGGAUGAGGAGCUGUGCCUCGUCCGCUUCCCGGAGUCAGGCAGCUGGGAUCCUCAGCAGCUUUUGGGCCUGUACCAGCUGCAAAAGGUGCUGCUGGGAUUUGUCAUCCCACUGGUGGUGAUCACGCUGUGUUAUCUGCUGCUCCUGCGCUUCGUGAUGAGCCGCAGGAUCCUUGGCAGCGUAAGCUCCGAGACUGAGCAGGGUCGUAACAAGCGCAGGUCCAAAGUCACAAAGUCAGUUGUGAUUGUGGUGCUCUCCUUCUUUCUCUGCUGGCUGCCCAAUCAGGCUCUCACGCUCUGGUCCGUACUCAUUAAGUUUGAUAUUGUGCCCUUCAGCAACGCCUUCUACAAUGCCCAGGCCUACGCCUUCCCACUGUCCGUGUGCCUGGCGCACACCAACAGCUGCCUCAACCCGGUGCUCUACUGCCUCAUCCGCCGAGAGUUCCGUGCUGGCCUCAAGGAGCUAGUGCUUAGGGCCACACCAUCUUACCGCAGCCUGGCACAGCUGCUCCCCCGAAAGGCAAAAGUGGCAGAGGCACCCACUGUUUUAGUGUUAGUGCAGAUGGAUGUCUGAAAAAAUAGACCCAACCUGGCUGACAUUCCUUUACACAUCUGCACAGACAAACAAGCCCUUUGAAGCUGUUCUUGUUUUUAAAUCUUUGUUUUUGUGUGAGAGACAGGAUCAGACAUGAGGAAUCCCUUGUGGAGCAUGCCCCAGUUUUUUUUUUUGCUCUUUUUGUGCUCUUUAUUUAAUCCAUUUCCCUUGACUGUACCAUCUCUGAUCUUGUUUUUGGCAUGCACAUUUGGUCAUCAUUUGGUCUGCAGUUCAGUUCAGGGCAAGUUCUCUUCACCUUGAUUUUGGUGGUGCAGUUUAAGGAUUUCAUCAAGGACACCUUAAGGGGAACAAUAAAUUAUACAUUUGUGUGGUUCAACCUUUGAUGUGAGCAGAAGUGCAAGCAGCAGUUCUACAAUGCCUGACUAUUUCAUGAGAGAUAAGAAAGGAAAAAUUGUCUGUCUGACGCACAACCUUAGAUGGUUAAUUGCCAAUCUAAAAUGCCCUUGCAGAAAUAUCCUCAGUGCAAUCCUGAUAUAUAUAUAAACAUGAAUGAAAAUUGCAAGUUAUUCAUUCAGUGUAUGUAACUAAUGUGUAUAAGAAGUGUAUAUUCAUGAAAAUUAAAUAAAAUCAAUAAAACUAAUAAACAUGAUAGCUGCUAUCAACAGUUUCUAUGAUUCUUAACCAUUAACACAAAUAUAUUUCUUGUCUAAUGCAUGCAAUGAUAUUUUCUUUGUCAGAUUAUUAUUGAUUGAAUGGGGUAUUACAAAUAAACCCGUAAAUGUCUUACAGUAAGGUUUAUGAGUGUUGUGACUAUUCCGACCUAAUAACUUAUGCCUUACAUGUGUCCAUAAUUGUGCAGGAACAAAGUGGUGGCUUUUUUUCCUGUUUCUGUAUAUAAUGACUGAUGGAGUAGAAAAUGUCUAUUGGAAUCACACAAAGGACACUUUACUGUGAUGAAGGACUUUGAUAAGUGAAUGUGACAACAGAUCCAGAUGCACAAAUUGAAUUUCCAAAACAUCCCCCCUGACAAAUAUCUCUGAACAAUUUCAUGUCAUAGUUUGUCAUGUGAUCAGGUGAAACAGCCCAAUACAGGAGUGAGUGUUUCAUAGUAUGUAAAAACUGUAGCAGAACCAGAUAGAUGCUUCCUCUGAGAAUUAAGGAAAGAUGUGUAAGACAGAACUAGACCGAGUUACAACAGGAUUUAAAGUUUUAAAUCUAAUUGGAAUCUAAAUUGACUCUGGUUGACAUUUCAGCUAUAAAGCUGGUAAUAACUUCUGUCUUGGUGAUAUUGUAA